CUUGGGAAGUACCAAAUCAAGCAUAUCCACUUGGCCCUCUUCUAUUUCUUAGUGAAGUUGAAUUAUAGUAGUAUGUGAUUUUAAAAACGUGUACUUCACAGAGGACAUAGGAUGUACUGUUCUCUAAAUUAGAUAUGGUUUCAUAUUUUAUAUGAAUUCAACAUGUGUUGUGAUUUUUUUAAUGCAUUCUCUUCAGACUCAUCUUCAAACACAGAAUUAAUAUAUUUGAGGCUUAUUUUGCUCAUUACCAUAAUGUCUCAGAAGGAAGUAUUGAGGCAAAAAGCCUGAGAAUAAUUAGUCAGUAAAUUCUUUCUAUCUAAACAUUGACAAGUGUUGGUAAGUUCUGUUUUUUGUUGGCUUCUUUUGACAGUUAUUUAGGGCUGUGUUUAGAAUGGUGCUCUCCAGGAUCUGAUAUGCAGUUGGGUGUUAAACAGACAUAAAUUAGAUCUAAGUUAUGCUGAAAACUGGACUUUCAAAAAGGAUGCACAUAACUACAGAGCUGCACAACAGAGGUAGAAAGAAAAGGCAGUUUUUUGCUGUACUCUUUACACGUUGUGAUACCAGGUUUUUCUUUCUGCAGUCUCCUGUCUCAUUAAAAAAAUAAAAUAAAACAAAGGCAGAGCACUGUCUUUCAUGGCACUCUUGUGACGCCAUUGCAAAUCGCUGGUUCCACAGACUUCUAUUCCUGGUGUCAGCCCUGGUGUGAGCCAGCAGGCACGGGAUGACUUGCAGAGUUAGGAAGUAGCAGCAGAAGAGAGACCUGGAAUGUGAAGAAAAAGAAACCAGGACUCCCAAUGCAUGGCUGAAUGGCUGCAGGCUCCUUACACAAAUCACACUCUGAUUUUUACUCUCAGGGUUUGCCUCUGGUUUUUUUUCCUCUUUGCUCUUUUGCAUUCCAGUCGGAUUGCUUUCUUUGUAUUCAUGUGCCUGGAUACCAACUGGCAAAUGCACGUAGAACCUGGUAGUUGCUGCUUGUCCUGGUGCCUGUAGGUGAGGAAGAGCAAAUACAAAGAAAGUUGUGCUAAGUAGACCUCCUAAUGCCAUGGUUAUGAAACAAAGUUAGCUGAAGCAAAAUCAAAUUUAUACCAGACUUCUUCUCAGAAACAAUUGCACUUCAUCAAAAAAUAAAUUUUUUGAGUCAGCCAAAUGGUUGAAAUUUGGUAAAAUCACCAGCAAUUGACAGUAAUAAGUAUUUCAACAAUGUCCUUGAAAGAUAAUUUUUUACAGAAAUAGAACUCAUUGUAUUGUCUUUUUUUCUGGAAAGUUGCCUGUAUAUAGCUACUUUUCCCCUACUCCUUUUAUUAAAAAGGUUUGCAAAGUAGGAAUUCCGUUCCUGUAGUGGUGGUGAAUGAUAAACGGAGGAGCACAAGUUUAGGUAAUCACUUCAGUUUUGAUGUACAAGUUAGGGAAGUGCUUCAGGCAUCAGAGGAGACCAGAAAAUUGGUAAAAACAGUAGUUUUCACAAAAUACUUGUAUCUUUGUUUUUGUUCGUGUAGAAUUUUACCAGUCAGCUACCACUCUAACAGAUAGAAUGCCACACAUCUACAUUUAAAUGUCACUGAUACUCUGUUACGGUCUCCGUGUCCCUGUCGCUAUUCCGGCCCUGAGCGCUGGGGCCGUGCUUCAGGACCUGUAAUCUCCGGAGGCCACAUUGCCAAGGCUCCUGCCACAGUUCUCAGAAACCAGCAAACAGCCCAAACCACUGGCCUGCUGCAGGGAUGGGAAAGGCAGGCUAGGAGCAGGCAGGGAUGGGGAGGAGCUGGGAGUGCUGGAUGCUGGAAUAUUCUGAGGACAGCAAUUCUGAACCAAAUGUGGACCUGGAAAAUCAAUACUACAAUUCCAAAGCUUUGAAGGAAGAUGACCCCAAAGCAGCAUUAAGCAGUUUUCAGAAGGUUUUGGAACUUGAAGGCGAAAAGGGAGAAUGGGGAUUCAAAGCUCUGAAACAGAUGAUUAAAAUCAACUUUAAAUUGACUAACUUUCCUGAAAUGAUGAAUAGGUAUAAACAGCUAUUGACCUACAUACGGAGUGCAGUUACAAGGAAUUACUCUGAAAAAUCCAUCAAUUCUAUUCUUGAUUAUAUCUCUACUUCCAAGCAGAAUUCUGAUUUUUUAUGUCAGAUGGAUUUGCUUCAGGAAUUCUAUGAAACAACACUUGAAGCUCUGAAAGAUGCUAAGAAUGAUAGAUUGUGGUUUAAGACAAACACAAAGCUUGGCAAAUUAUAUUUAGAACGAGAAGAAUAUGGAAAGUUACAAAAGAUUUUGCGUCAGCUGCAUCAGUCAUGCCAGACUGAUGAUGGGGAAGAUGAUCUAAAAAAAGGUACUCAGCUAUUGGAAAUCUAUGCUUUGGAAAUUCAAAUGUAUACAGCACAGAAAAAUAACAAAAAACUUAAAGCACUAUAUGAACAGUCAUUGCACAUCAAGUCAGCCAUUCCUCAUCCACUGAUCAUGGGAGUUAUCAGAGAAUGUGGAGGCAAAAUGCACUUAAGAGAAGGAGAGUUUGA